AUGACACGCAUCCUCCCACGACGACUAGCUCGUCCCCCGACCCUCCCCACCUCCCUCCGUUCCCACCUCCCUCCCAGCUCCCGACCGUACUCCUCCACGCCUUCCUCGAGCCCUUCUCUGUCCCUGCAAUCCCUCCCCUACCGCAUCGCCAUCGUCGGUGCAGGCCCAGCAGGUUUCUACACCGCUUCCCGACUACUCUCCCUCCCCGGAUCGGAGAACAUCAACGUCGAUCUGUUUGAACUGGUGCCCGUCCCUUUUGGUUUGGCCAGAUUCGGCGUCGCGCCCGACCAUCCUUCAGUCAAGGUCAGUCCGGCGAUGCUACUUCGGGAAAGGCACGAUUCUCAAGAGGAGAUAACCGAUCUCGUCUUUCUCUUCUCCCACAGAAUUGCGUGCACAAAUUCACCGAGACGGCACAGGACCCUCGUCUGACCUAUUACGGCAACGUACAAAUCUCCGGUUCCACAUUGACCGAGUCAGAAUCUUCCGCCUCCACCUCCUCACGAACGUCCUCCAUCGCGCCGAACCUUUUCCUCUCCCCUCACGCCUACCAACUCCCCAUCUCGACCCUUCUCCCUCAAUACGACACGCUCGUCCUGACCUAUGGCGCCUCGCUUGAUCGAUCGCUCGGCAAUAUCCCGGGUGAGACCACUCUCCUCGGUAUCGACUCGGCCCGUAAUUUCGUGAAUUGGUACAACGGUCACCCACUUUCGACCUUCAACAGUACCCCUUCGACCUCGCUCGACUUAUCCACCACCGAACACGUCACCAUCAUCGGUCAAGGGAACGUCGCUCUCGACCUAACUCGUAUCCUGCUCAAACCCAUCGAUGAUCUCAAACCUUUCGACCUCCCCGAACCCGUCUUGGCUGAACUCGCACGUUCCAAAGUCCGUAAGGUCGAGGUCGUAGGUCGACGAGGCGUACUUCAAUUCGCUGGAACGACGAAGGAAGUCAGGGAGUUGAUAGGGUUGAAUCAACAAGGUGUUGGGUUCCGGAUCGAUGUAGAUUUGGUCAACGAGGGGUUGGAACUUUUGGCGAAGGAGAAGGGGAUAGUGGAUGCGAGGAUCCGUCAGAGGGCUUUGAGUUUAUUGAAGAAGGGGUACGAGCAAAACCUUCAAAACGGGGAGACCCCUAAAGAAUGGCAAGUCAAAUUCCUUCGUAGUCCAAUCGAAUUCCUCGCUUCGACCACCCCCACCGCCGACGCGAUUUCGGAAUCUUCUACACCAACUCUAUCGACGAUCCUCGAUCCACAACGCGUACGAGCCGUCAAAUACGCCCAUAACCGACUCUCUUCCAACUCUUCUACGACCGCUCUAGACCCUUCCACAUGGGCCGUCGAAACCACGUCUGAAUCAUCCGUCGUCGCCACGGACGCCGUUUUCAAAUCCAUCGGAUACCGUUCCAUCCCCAUCCCCGGUAUCCCUUUCGAUCCUCACCAAGGCAUCAUCCCCAAUUCCCAAGGUCGCGUAACUCUACCUUCUUCAUCAAAGGGGGGAGAAGAAGAAGAAUCGCGAGCGAACGUUUACGUAGGUGGAUGGUUGGCUAGAGGUCCGACGGGAGUGAUCGCUACGACCAUGUUCGAUUCGUUUCGAUUGGCCGAUCAAAUCGUUCACGACUUGAUGCAGAAACGACCCAACUUUUCAGCAUCGAGUUCGUCGGCUGUACCGAAAGAAGGUGUGAGACUUUCUUCCGUCGAGGAUGGGAAACGUAUUGUGAGUUGGAAGGAUUGGGAACGGAUCGAUGAGGUUGAACGCGAGAGGGGGGCAAAAUUGGGCAAGAGUAGGGAGAAGCUGUGUACGGUGCAGGCGAUGUUGGACGUGUUGGAUUGA